AUGCAGGCAAACAGUUUCUUCCUAAGGACCAUUCCAUGGCUUUUCACACUACUAAACUCUAUCCAAUUGAUUACUGCUGAUCCCUCAUCUGGUCAUGGAGGCCAUCAAGUCUCCCCCAGUCGUUAUGUCUUCGCUCACUUCAUGGUCGGCAUAGUCAGCAAUCGCGCCAGCUCUUCCGACUACGAUGCCGAUAUGCGUCUUGCCCGGCGCGCCGGAAUCGAUGCCUUCGCUCUCAAUAUCGGAAACGACGAAUUUACCGACACUCAACUCGACUAUGCCUAUGCAUCGGCAGCUACCAAUCACAUGAAAGUGUUCCUCUCCUUUGAUUUCAAUUCCUGGAAUCCCACCACAUCCACCGCUGCCGUGGGCGCCAAAAUCGCAAAAUACGCCAAUAAUACCGCUCAAUUGACGGUCGAUAACAAAGUCUUCGUAUCUACAUUCAUAGGCGAUGCUCUCAACGUAGCAGAUUUGCGAGCUAAAGCAGGGGGUCCCAUCUUCUUUGCUCCGAACUUCAGUCCUGGAUUAUCGAAUUUUGCAGAAUUGGAUGCAGCGUUUAAUUGGAUGGGAUGGCCUAAUAAUGGUGCUAAUCAGGCGCCUACUGCGUCGUCUAAUCUUACGGUUCGCGAGGGUGAUGUUGCAUAUAUGAAUGCGUUGGCUGGGAAAGAUUAUGUGGCGCCGGCUAGUCCGUGGUUCUUUACGCAUUAUGGUCCGGAGGUGCCGUAUAGUAAGAAUUGGGUCUUCCCGGCUGAGGAACAGUGGGUACAGAGAUGGCAAGAUUUGUUGGGGUUGGGGGCUAGGUUUGUAGAGAUUGUUAGUUGGAAUGAUUAUGGCGAAAGUCAUUAUGUGGGUCCGCUAUCUUCACCACACACUGAUGAUGGGAAUUCUAAAUGGACGAAUGAUAUGCGUCAUGGGGCAUGGCUCACCCUCUCAACCCCCUUUAUCCGCGCCUUCCACGCCGGCGCUACCUCUCCUUCUCGAUACAUAAAUCGUGACCUCAUAAUCUACUGGUACCGACCCAAUCCCCUCUCUCUCAACUGCGACGCUACAGACACAACGAUGCUCGACGCAUCUAAUUUCUCGGGUGAAUAUUUCCACGGUAAACCCAACGGCUGGCAAACCGAAUCCGAUUCCAUAUUCGUCACAGCCUUUUUGAAAUCCCCCGGAAACGUCACUGUCGUUUCUGGCACCGGUGCUUUCCAAUUUAACGCAGUACAAGGCGUAAAUUUAUUCACCGUACCCAUGGGAGUAGGUAGUCAAACCUUCGGUCUGUGGCGAAAUGGAAAUGUAGUGCUACAGGAAACGAGCAACAGAAACGUAACAGAGGUCUGCGGAUGUGGAAAUUAUAAUUUCAAUGCGUAUGUAGGACGGGUGCCAUCGGCUCGCGGCAAAGAUGAAUUACUGCCUGCGGGUACCGCGUUGUUAACGAGUGGUAUUAGGGUGCCGAGUGAGCAGUGUGUGGCGGUUACUGGGGGUGUGGGAGAGUCUGAGGUGGUGGCUGCGGAUGCGGAUGCGAGUACGAGUUUUUCGGAGAGUACGAGUGAGAGUUCGAGUGAUAGUAGUAGUACUAGUACUAGUACUAAUCAGAAGAGAUCGUGGGGUUUGCCGGGAAGGUGGGAAUGGAUUCGAGGGUGGAGGGACUUUGUGGAUUUAGGUUAG